GCACUUUUUGUUUACUUUUUUUUACAUAAUUUCAAAGCAAUCUUUUCGUGAACUUUUAAGUAAUAAAAAACAGAUUGAUGUUUAUGACAGCUAUUGGAAAUUGUAGUCGAGUAAUUCAAGGAUUCAAUUCACAACGAUUGGGAUCAUUUAUAAACAGUUUCGUUAAAGGAAUAAGUACUGGUAGUGCCUUAAAUAUGGAUUCGAUUAAGAUUGCAACUUACGAGGAAGUUAAAGACUUGCCAAACCAUCCUGAAAAGUUGUUGAUUGACGUCCGUGAACCAACUGAGAUCAGCGAAACCGGAUCUAUACCAACAUCUAUAAACAUUCCAUUGGGUCAAGUUCGACGUUCGUUCUCUGAUGAAUUGUCUGACCGUGAAUUUGAAAUUUUAUAUCAUGUGAAAAAGCCAAAAUUAGAUGAUUACUUGAUAUUCACUUGUCGAACUGGAAAUAGAUCUAACCAAGCUAUUCAACAAAUUUUACCCUUAGUAUCUCAAGUUGAACAAGCCUUAAAAUCUUCAUCUGAAGAGUUUAAAGCUAAAUAUCAACAUGAGAAACCAUCAUCGGAUCAGGAAAUCAUUUUUCAUUGUAAAAUUGGUGGUAGAGCACAAAAAGGAGCCGAACAAGCGGCUUCACUUGGAUUUACCAAUGUAAGGAAUUACAAAGGAAGCUGGACAGAGUGGGCCCAAAAAGAAAAUCUUUGAAGGCGAUACCAAAGCUUGUUUGCUUUCUUCUAAGUAAGAAUACUGAAAACAGAAAUUGGUGUAAAGAAAGUUUCAAUAAAUAUGAUCAAAAUAAAAUUGAAAUAUCAAAUUGAUAUUAA